AUGUCGUCGUCAAACGUGGUUCUGUACGAUCUGCCUAGCAGGAGUGGUUCCUCAUGGUCAUUGAACCCGUGGAAGACUCGCAUGGUACUGAAUUACAAGAAGAUCGACUACACGACCGAAUGGGUAGAAUAUCCUGACCUGGCCCCCAAGUUCAAAGCCCUCGGCAUCCCACCCACCCCCAAGGACGCGCCAGGCUAUUUCGCAGAGUACACCAGUCCCGCUAUCAAGCAUGCGAACGGCACCUAUCAGAUGGAUUCUUGGCCCAUUGCCUAUGAGCUUGAGAAGCAACAUCCAACUCCGUCUUUGCAUCUCGACGACCCCAUCGUUGUGCAGGUCAGGGACCAUAUUGCCAAGAUAGCUGGCCCAUUGAGACCACUACUCAUUCCUCAGGUACCAGUUGUGCUGCUGAACAAGCCGAGUGCGGAUUACUUCAAUGAGACUAGAGAGAAGAUGUUCGGGAAGCCGCUCGAACAAGUCGAACAGGACGCCAAUGCGGACGAUUGUUGGGAGGCGGCUAAGGCACCGGCGAAGGAGGCGGGCGAUCUACUGAGGAAGAACGGUGGACCUUACUUCCUGGGUCAGACUGUCUCGUAUGCCGACUUCAUCCUUGUGUCGAUGCUACACUUCGUCAAGUGCAUAAGCGAGGACAAGUUCAAGAAGCUUCUGGCUCUUGACGACGCCUUCCCUAAGGUUUACGAGGCGUGUAAACAAUGGCUGGAGAAGGACGACUAUUCCGAUGACGGAUUUGAAAUUGUUGAGCACGACCUCGAUGUUCUGAGCGUCCCCGGAUCCCAAGACGGCACGCCCGUACCGACCACAGCGGUGACAGAGGAAACAGAGCGCAACGGAGGAAAGAACGAAUCCAGGGAAAGCCGACCUUGGUUAUGGGAUUACGAUGAGUUCCACGAUGCGAUCAAAGUCGGAGACUUAAAUGGUGUGAAGAAGAUGUUGGACGACGGUGCAAAUGUCGAACAUGGAACAGACGAGGGAGAAUCACCAUUAAUCCUCGCCAUUUGGAAGCAAGACAUCGCCAUCAUAACUCUCUUGCUAGAAAGAGGCGUGGAUGUGACCCGCCCGUUCGAUGGGUUUCCUCCCAGCCACUAUGCCGUCAUGCAGAAAGAGCGAGCACCCCAGAUCAUCCAGCUUCUCCUCGACCAUGGCGCCAGCUUGGAAGCGGUUGGGACAGAGGAUAUUAACGCGUUACAUUUCGCUGCAUCGAACGGCAUGAUACAUGGGGCUGAUUUUCUCAUCGGCAAGGGAGCAGAGGUCAGUAAGACCUGCACGGAUGAGAGGACGCCUUUGAUACUGGCUGCAAGGCAUGGACAUAUGGCAAUUGUCAAAUUACUUCUCGCCAAAGGAGCAGAUUUGCACGAAAGAAGUGAGAAUGGUUGCACCGUCCUGAUGUGGGCGGCGGAGUACGGACAGCAUGAAGUCGUUCGUUACUUGUUGGAGGCAGGCGCGAGGGUGGACGACCGUAGUGUAGAGGGUCUCACCGCCCUAUCACUCGCCAGUAUGAAUGGCCGAUUGGAAGCCGUACAGCUACUGGUUGCUAGCGGUGCAGACAUCAAUGCACUUAGUGAGGAUCCAGAGUCCUUCACACCGGCAAUGUUUGCUGCAAUACAAGGACAUGCAGAAGUACUACAGGUCCUGAUAUCACACGGAGCAGAUUACAAACCAGAAUUGAAAGUCGAUUGGGCUGAUGGCGACACGAUCCUCGAUAUGACCUUGACGAAAGGCCAUCUCGCUACUGCCAAGAUCCUGUUAAAAGCCAUUGGUGGACCCGACUACCCAAAGGAUAGCGUCGCACUCCAAAUGGCCACUGCGCAAUCCAAGGUAGAACUAAUACCAGUGAUGAAGGCCGUUUCUAUCAUGUACCAAGAAAUCGAUCCCCAUUCCACCGACGGGGAGAACCUGGGUUGGGUCGAAUGGGUCUUAGAUCAAGGCGGAGAGCUCGUCAGAGCAAAAGCCAUGUGCAACAUGCUAUAUGCUGCAUUAGCUGCUAGGGAUGUCGGUAUAACUGCAGAGCUACUCAGACUCGGAGCCGAUCCAAAUAUCUUCGGGUUCAUGGGUUACACACCACUCCACGUCGCAGUCAGCGGGCUGGCGUGCAACCUGGAACUCGUCGAAGUACUUCUCAAAUUUGGUGCUGAUCCGGCCAAGCUCUCGCAAAAUCCCACCAUAGAAAAGAGGGUCACGCCACUACAUCGUGCCAUCUUGGGAUUCGAAAACGACCGUCCAGACAAAAUGCCUGUCGUCGAUCUUUUGCUCGCAAGUGGGCGAUGUAAGGUCAUGAAAGGACCGGACGCUCAGUCUUCUGCCUUUCUAAGUGUAGUAAGCGCGUUCGAUGGUGGGAGUGCCGACGUUGCCAAAAGCCUAGCGUUCCGGAUGCUGGAUUCCAUUUCUGAUGUGAACGACGACAAGGCUGACGAUGGGUCUACUCCGAUGGACGUUGCCGUCCAAUACAAUCAAAAAGAGCUCAUUGACGCACUAAGACGGAAAGGCGCAGACAUGAACGCGAAGAACAACGACGGCAUGUCACCUCUUCUUCUGGCGUGCGGCAUGAAAGCGGAGCUGGUAAACUUUCUGGUGACACGCUGCGCAGACGUGUCUGCUGUCAACAAGAAGAGGCAAGGAGCUUUGCAUAUCGCUGCUGCGUGUGGGAAAGCCAAUGUGCUCAGAUUUCUCCUUGAUCUGGAUCUAGCUGAAGAGGAGCCACUUAACAUCAACUCCGUGGACGAUGCAGGUCACACCCCUUUGAUCGCUGCCAUAGUGGAGGGUCAUGAAGGUGCAGCUCUUUUCUUACUGAGACGAGGUGCCUCUGUCCGACAACGUACGACCGAAAAAGGACGACUUGCCUUGCAUUACGCAGCCCAGGCCAGUAUGAACCGUAUUGUGGAAUUCCUGUUAAGGGUUUCCUGCAACGACAUCAUCAACGUGGAAGAUCAUGGGGGAUACACACCCCUAGCACUCGCGUGCAUGGCAGAUACUCCCACCGUCGUUCCCACCUUGCUCUCCUACGGCGCAGACCCAAACGUCAUCUGCCAAAACACCGGCGACCGUCCCCUCCACAUCGCGCUCAAACGACCUCUACACAUGGAUCGCGUUGCAGACAGGGAAAGUAGUCCAUCACUGGACCUGCUCAAGCAUGCAGACACCGAUAUCACAGCUCGCGAUGGCAGUGGCCGCAAACCACUGCAUCUCGCAUCUGAGUUUCACAAUCUAGAGGCUACUAGACUCCUCUUAUCCAAAGGCGUCUCACCACACUCUGAAGAUAACAAGGCACGGACGCCACUAUGUCUUUGUUCAAACCCUUACAUCGCGCAAGCGCUUAUCGACCACGGCGCGGACGUAAACCACGCAGAUGAAAAUGGAUGGACGCCGUUGCAUUACGCUGUGUCGAGGUGCUGGGUAAAGGCUUUUGCGGUGCUGAGACAGGCAGGCGCUGAUAUGGAUAUGAGGACCCGAGAUGAUGGGCUUAGUGUCAAUGAGAGGUUGGACAAGUUUGGUUCCUGGCAAGACUGGGUGAAUAAGGAAAGGGAAAUGGUGUGCGAUGAUGCACACAUGGAGAAGAUGAGGGAAUUUGACUUGAGGACCGAGAUGGGGAUGAAAGUAGAUAGGUAUUGA